AGACCUCACUCGUUCUUCCGAAAGCUUCCAGACCGGAGCUAAAUUAACGUAACGUAACGGAACUUCAAGCGCAAAUAUGAAUUCACUUUCAACGGUCACCUUAUACACGCUUUUGGUCAUUGGCGCCGUGGCCCUGAUGAAUGUCGCCGCAUACCAAAACCAGGAUACAAAUUCCGCGAACACGGUUGGAGGCGAUCCAGGGACCACGACAUCAAACUGCGAUCGUUCCGAAGUUUAUUCGAGGUGCAAUGCUAACCCAUCGUGCCAAAAGACAUGCGACAAUUACGAGGAGCCAAACGCUUGUUCUUCCAGUGGAACCGCAGCUAACGAAUGCUACCCCGGAUGUGUCUGCAAAAGUGGAUUCGUUCGCGUCGUAAAAGGAGACCGGUGCAUUCCCAUCGACAAGUGCGAGGGAAGAGUCAGGCACUAAAUAUAAUGUUCACCCGAAUAUUGUCCUCCCAAUUAUUUAUACUACAAACACAACGAAUUACCGAUCGAAGGAUCUUCACUCACGUAUUAUUAUAUAACGUUAUCGCGUCGAUACGUAACGAAUAAAUUUAUAAUUAUCGUUGAGUUAUAA